AUGGCUGCGGCAGCAAAGCACGCCCUGGCUUCUCCUGGAGAUGUGCAGUCAUUUACCGAAUGCUUGAAAAAUAGCCGCCGUAUUCUCGCCCUGCUUGGGGCUGGCAUUUCGGCCGCGUCCGGCCUCCCCACCUUUCGCGGCGCGGGAGGGCUAUGGCGCCAGUACGAUGCGACCUCUCUCGCGACUCCCGAGGCUUUUGAUACCAACCCGGGGCUCGUCUGGCAGUUCUAUAGCUACCGACGACAUAUGGCACUGCAGGCGCAGCCCAACAGGGCACACCACGCGUUAGUGGAGCUGGCACGACAGAACAAAGACUUUAUCACGCUGUCCCAAAAUGUCGAUGGCCUCUCACAAAGGGCAGGGCAUCCAGCAGGGCAGUUACAUCUGCUCCAUGGGUCCCUCUUUGACCUCAAGUGCACGUCUUUCUAUUGCAACUACACCCUUGCCAAUGACUUCACCGACCCGAUCGUUCCAGCUUUGGACAUUCCCAAGUUGAAACCAAACCUGACUGCCUCCCCUACAGACCAAAUUAACGGGGAGAGUACCCAAUCUCAGCAACAUAUACUCGCAGCAAGAGCAGGCACCGGCGAAGUAGAUAUCUCAGACGCGACCGUCCCGAUUUCUCAACUGACUCCAGAAGAUCUGCCCCAGUGCCCUAAAUGUAAUGGACUUUUGCGGCCGGGGGUUGUCUGGUUUGGAGAACCCCUUCCCGGAGAUACCCUCUCCGCCGUGGACAAUUGGAUCGAGUCAGCCCCGGUGGAUUUGAUCUUAGUGAUCGGUACCAGCUCAAGCGUGUACCCAGCUGCCGGGUAUGUCCAAGUGGCUCAGGAUCAUGGGGCUCGUGUGGCGGUGAUCAACAUGGAUCGCAAUGAUAUGCCGUCCCGGGGUCAGGGGACGUGUGACUGGUUCUUCCAAGGCGAUGCUGCGGUGAUCGUUCCGGAGAUUCUGAGGAGCGUAAUUGGCGACAUUGGCAUUAAACCAGUAUUUAAAUGA